UCCUAAUUCCUAUGGAAAUAUUAAUAAAUAUAAAUAAGUACUGAAAUAUUUGAAGUUUUAAUUCUUUAAUGGUUAAAAAAUUAAUAUAAAGUUUGCCUGAUAUGUUAGCAACAUAAACGAUACAGUAAAUCCAGGGUAAUAAUUCUCCAUCAUGGAAUACUAUUCGGAUCAUUGUUUGCAAUCCGAACAUCUGUUAAAUGAUGAAUAUGCUAAUGAUUUUUCACAACAAUUCCAAGUACCAACACAGGAAGGAGAAUAUGAAUUGCGGAGUAGUGUUUUGGUGGAUGGCGGGGAUAGUUUUGGAGUCUCCGCUGUGGUGUUUGAUAAACAUGAAGAAUUAAUAUGGAUGGGAAAUCAAGGGGGCCAUGUUACCUCAUAUUACGGUCCCACUAUGCAGAAAUAUACAUCAUUCCAUAUUCAUGAGUCGGAAGAAGUAAGGGACAUAGUGACCGAUGAAAUAGGUAUUUAUGCAUUGACGAAAACAACUCUCCGUCAUCAAAUACGUAGAGGGAUACCAAAACAUACUUACAGAUCAUUAAAUAUGAUAGAUAUGCAAUGUUUGUUGCAAGUCAAUUCAACAAAACUUAUGAUGGGAGGUCAUCAAAAGAAAUUAUUGGAGUUUGAUAUAGCAAAAUUCACAGAAAAUGUUAUACCUAUAAAAGAAGAAGGUUGUGUAGUAAUGCGCAGUGGCGGAGCUUCACUUUUGGCUUGCGGUAGCGCAAAUGGACAAGUGUCACUUCGUGAUCUUAGGACUCCAAAGGCUGCCGAACAUACUUUCCGAGCUCAUACUAAUUUUUUGUCUGAUAUGGAUAUGCAAGGAGAUCUGCUUAUAUCAUGUGGAUUCACAGAAUCAGCUGGAGGUGUUGUAGUAGCAGAGCCUUAUGUAGUAUUAUGGGACUUACGUUGUCUGAAGCGCGGGUCUACAGUGGAACGAGCUAGGGUAAUCAAUACAGCAGCCGCACCAUUGUUGCUGCAUUUCCUGCCAGCGUUCUCUGGUCGUGCGGUGGCACUGUCAGGAGAUGGACAUGUCGCGUUGCUUCAUGUUAAUGCACCGGAGGAGAAGCAAUCUAUCUUCCAGGUGGAUACUCAAAGCACUAUGAGUGUAAUGGAUGUGUCAGCAACAAGCCAGGCUUUAGUGUUUGGUGAUCAAGGAGGUCAUCUGCAUCUGUUCUCACCGCAGCAAAACAAUGAACCACAGUUUAAUAGCUUCUCAAGAGACACAGAAUUCGCAGAUCAAUUACCAACUAUGACGACCGCGAGUUUAAAAGACGAGAAUUUCAAGUUUUCCUCAGUCAAAUUGCCGUCAUUGGCGGAUGGUGCAUGGUGUAACGAAUUACCUCCGGAAUUCUUCAAUAAGGGUUACAGAAAACCGAAGCCAAUCGACCCCGAGGUACUUUCUACAAUGAAGAUGAAAGGACCUAUUGGUUAUGCUCCAAAUCCGAAGACUACAAAAAGAAAUGAGAUGCCUUAUACCUCAGAUAGUUUGGAAGAUUUGAGUGAGGAUAAACAAAAUGAUAAUUGCGGUACAUUGCCCAUUCCUGAGCAUUACCAAAAGUUGGAUCUCCAUUACAAUAAACACGGGUCGAACGAGGAGCUGGAAAACUAUAACAAAACUAAAUUACCUGGCUUAGAGGCUACAAUACCUAAUUCAUAUUGCAAUCCAAUGCUGCAGGUAUUGUAUUACAUCCCGCCGUUAAAAGCGACUCUAUUGGCGCACACUUGCGCUAAAGAGUUCUGUCUAAGUUGCGAAUUAGGCUUCCUAUUUCGCAUGUUAGACACAUCUAACGGCGUGGCAUGUCAGGCCAACAACUUCCUGCGCGCGUUCCGCACUGUCCCCGAAGCAGCCGCGCUCGGUCUGAUACUAACUGAUACGACGGACUCCAGACCUGAUUUAAUAGCACUUAUUCAGAGUUGGAAUCGUUUUAUCUUGCAUCAAAUACAUUCAGAAAUAUUAGAAACUCGUAAGAAAGAGAAAGAAAUGGCAAAACUAAGUAAAACAAGUCCACCUAGAUGUCGUUUGAAUGCUAAGAUGCAAGCGGUUUUAAACGGGCCAUACAAGGAUGCAUUCCAAUAUACUAAAUUAGACUUUAUUGCUGAUUACGAUAAUGACGAAAAUAAUACAGACACAUUGAAGCUAAAAGAAGUUAAAAACGGAAUUGACCAAAUAAAACUCAGUGAGACAUAUCCAAACAAUCGUUCUGUUGAACGCGAGGAGUCCGAGAUCUCUCAGUUGUUUGCGAUUGGUAGACAUCAGCUAAAUCGAUGUCUCAAAUGCAACAAAGAGGAGGAGCGCGAGUCAGUGACGCUGGCGUGCCUGCUGCAGUACGGGGAGACCCGGCCGGCGGGCGCACCGGGCGCGGGGGGUGUGGUGGGUGCAGGGGGUGCGGUGGGUGCGGGCGGUGGGUUCGCGGAGCUGGUGCAGGCGUCACUGUCUGCGCGGCGCAGUACCCCCGCCUGGUGCGACGCCUGCUCGCGGUUCACGCCCACAGCGCAGCGCGGACGACUCACCAGAUUACCACCGAUAUUGGCUAUCAACUGUGGCGGAGUGACUCCUCAUGAGAAAGCUUAUUGGUCAAAAGGAUUAAUAAAAGAGGUGGACGCUUCUAAAAAAAACGGAACCAGCAAGCCGUGUCGUUACGGAUCGCACUGCGCACGCGCCGGCUGCAGAUUUAAACAUCCGGACAAACCUACAUCAUCUCAAAGUGGCAACAAGAGUCCGCAGGAAGGUAACUGUGUGUUGCCACAUCACCUCGUGAUCAGACAGCAAUCAGAUGGCGAUGUUGCCAUUAAUGACAAGAAGGAUUUAAACACGGAAAUAAACCGUCUAGAAGUAAACAAGCAGAAGAAAAAGUUCAAGAUACGUUCAGAAGAAGAGUACACUCUGUCCGCCGCGGUUGUGUGCGUGGAAGACAACCCUAAGAAUUUAGUCGCGUACAUACAAGUCAACAUGGAAAAUGAACCUAAAUGGUAUCUUUUUAACGACUUAAGUAUUGUUCCCGUAAGCGCAGAUGAGGUGGUGGAAUACAGUGCAUGGUGGAAAUCCCCCUGCGUAUUGUUCUAUACCGCCGCGCGCGCACGUUACCGCCCCCCCACCGACACUAGCCACGCCCCCUAACGGCGGCUCUCACUCUCUUACACUAUACCCAUCUCUCUCAUUCUCUUCGAAGAACAGAGAUAGCAUUAGUGUUUGUCUUUAAGCGAAUUAAAACGUCGCAUUAGACUCAUAUUAAAACAAGUUGUGCCAGCGACUUCGUUCGCGUGUUAUAUUGUCUUUGGGUAGCAUUUUAAUUACUUAGGCUAAUUAUAUAACUUAAACUUAU